AUGAAGCUAGCAUACCUUGUUCUGGGUGCUGCGGCCCUCCUGCUUCUGCGUGGCUGUGACUCUGUUCUCAGCACCUCCCGUGGGAACCUGCACACUUUUGUGGGCUGUGCUGCGAGGGAGUUCACUUUCCUGGCCAAGAAGCCAGGCUGCAGGGCACUUCGGAUCACCACUGAUGCCUGCUGGGGUCGCUGCGAGACCUGGGAGAAACCCAUCCUGGAGCCUCCCUACAUUGAAGCCUAUCAUCGCGUCUGCACCUACAAUGAGACCAAACAGGUGACAGUCAAGCUGCCUAACUGUGCCCCAGGAGUCGACCCCUCCUACACCUACCCGAUGGCUGUCCGAUGUGACUGCGGGGCAUGCUCCACUGCCACCACCGAGUGUGAGACCAUCUGAAGCCCUCAGAGCCUGCAGAACACAGCUGGUGGCCUGGGCUUCAAGGAGGCACUUGCCCUAUGACUAUAUCUGCUCUGCCCUCUCUA